AUGGGCUCCAGCGAGGACGAGGAGCCCGAGGAGGCCGAGAAAUCCAAGGAGUGCUUGGCAGCCCACGGGUAUACUGUUGGAAAGACGCUCGGUGCGGGAUCCUAUUCAACAGUCAAGCUUGUAUCCAAGGACGGUGCGACAUAUGCCUGCAAAAUUAUUUCCAAGGAAAAGUCUUCGAUGAUUUACCGAGUAAAGUUUCUGCCUCGCGAGCUCAAAAUUCUCGGCUCGACCAGGCACCCGCACAUUACGCAAAUCUUCACCAUCAUCGAGGAGCCAAGCAAAGUGUUCAUCAUCAUGGAGAUGGCGUGUGGUGGAGAUCUUCUGGAAAAGAUACUGAAAGUAAAACGCCUGGACGAGAAGACAACCCACCAGUUCUUCAUGCAGCUGGCCAGUGCCUUAGCUUACUUGCACAAGAACGACGUGGCCCAUCGAGAUCUGAAGUGCGAGAACGUUCUCCUCACGACAGUGGACGUCGUCAAACUCACCGACUUCAGCUUCGCCCGUUAUUGCACUGACGAGCACACCAAGCGGAAGGAGCUGAGCGAGACAUUCUGCGGCAGCGAGGCGUACGCAGCGCCCGAGAUUCUGCAGGGAAUCUGCUACUUGCCCAAGCUAGCCGACGUGUGGUCGCUGGGCGUUAUCCUGUACGUCAUGGUGACCGGACUGCUGCCGUACGAGAGCAAUGGCCUCCUGCGGCAGGUGCGCCUCCAGAUGACCCGCAUGGUGCGUUUCCCGAAGGUGCUGCCUCUGAGCUCGGAGCUGAAGAAUCUUAUCCGUGGCAUGCUGGAGCCUGUGGUGACCCUGCGCGCCUCAAUGGGACGGGUCAUACGCCAUCCCUGGAUCAAGAGAUACCCAAGCCCGUUCAAGGAGAUUAACCGCAAGAUCUCUGUAUACGAGGCGUCGCAACAGAAAGCUCGGCUCGAGGCACUGCCCACGCAAUCAGCACCAACUGCGCCAAAGCCAGGCGCUGGACUUGCCACCGGAGAAGCUGGAGAUGAAGAUGCUGACAGCCAGAGUUCGGACACGAGCAGCCUGCGGGAUCCCGUGCGGCAGGAGGCCAAGGAGGAUGUGUCCGUCAAGGAGGACGUUGACUUACGAAAGGCUGCAGGUAAGGACUCGCAGACCAACAACGAAGCCAGCAGCUCGAGCGCCGCGAGCAAAAAGAGCUAGAACAGCGCAGUCAGCAAGGCGAACGGCGGGAGCACGGGCAGCGACAAGCAGGAUGCGGCGCCGCCGCAAUAAACCGACCAGCUACGAAGCCAGGGCCAGCCACGCUGGAUCCAAGGCUCUCGCGUGACAGCCGCCGCUGGAGCGACUACGAGACGGCGGAGAAUUUUGUGCCUGCAAUCGCGUCAGCUUCAUUGCGGUUGCUUCUUCAGAGAAAGCGAUUUCGGCACUGGAUUCGGGCUCAUUAAAUGCGCAAGCGCUAUUUCUGCUAUCCACUUGGGCAGGAAAGCGCCUGUCGCCUAGGAACGAACGUGAAUGCAAGAACACAUAUAAUUUUACAUAAAACAAUAACCGCUGCUUCUACACUUUCAAAGGGCAGAGUUUGGUCGGUAAAGGAAUAAUUUCCAAAGUAUUUAGCCGGGAAGUCGUGUGACAGGGACCGAAGGCCGGACACACACAAGCGAUAACUUUCUCCAGGAUUAAUUAGGAUCAUGAAGCUUCACCCGAGUGCAUCCACAAGAGAGGCGCUCACUAAAUGUAGCAGCAAGAAACUACAUUUCUUUCUCUAAAGAAGAAAUCGAGGAAGUGCUUUAGCAUUACGGGACAGGUUCAUCGAUUCUUGUAGCUUCCGCUAUGAAAAAAGUA